CUCAAUCCUGGUCCCUCGUACACCAUUUUCAGGGUACGACAACUGUGACAUGAAUAGAAUUGCUGCUGAAGAGUCAUCGCAAUCAUUCUUGGCCACCUUGCACAGUGAUCAUAAUGGCAUCUGUGGCUUCAAGCACUCCUGCGCCUGUUCCCAGCGCUAACACCAAAAUCCAACACCCUCCUCGACCAGCCUACAACUUCAGCUUCGCUCCUUUCCUUCGCGCCAACGGCCUUGCCGCCCUUACCUCUACUGUUCCAGUCUGUCCCGACUUCGCUGCCACCGGACAAUGCCCCCGCGGACGACGCUGUCCAGACCGACACCCGACCCCAUCCCAACAACCCCAACACCACUACGGACGCAACAAUGACAACUACGUCUGCAAACAUUGGCUCAAAGGGCUUUGCAAGAAAGGAGAUGCGUGUGAUUAUCUACAUGAAUACAAUCUUCGGAAGAUGAGCGAAUGCCAGUUCUUCAAUCAGAACGGGUAUUGCCAGAAUGGAGAUGAAUGUCUCUAUGUUCAUGUCAAGGAAGAUUCAAAACUUCCAAUGUGCGAGGACUACAACAAGGGAUUCUGCGAGAAAGGUCCUCGGUGCCCCAAUAGACAUGUUCGGAGGAAGAUAUGCAUGUUUUAUGUUGCAGGCUUCUGCCCAGACGGGAGAGACUGUAAACACGGUGUGCACCUCAGGAGAGGGACGACACCCAGCGACAAAGAUGGCGAUGCACAAAGAAGAGAGAGGGUUCAGGAGCUAGAGCGAAGGGAAGAAGAUGCGAGGAAAGAGUCUAGUUUUCGUGGUCGAGGUCGAGGUGGCCGGUGGAGAGGGAAACGUGGGAGGUGAGGCGGUCACAUAUCUGUUCUUUAAGAAGCGGCAUGGCUACUGUGUCGGUAGUCUCGCGAUCCAGGAGUCUGUGCAUAUUUGGAGUUGGGAGAUGGUUUGAUUUCUAGGUAUGGGGACUUUAAUAUCGACAACUCCUACCAACUAAGGUACCUAUAGCGAAGCUCAAUAAUUGUAGUUAAGUCUGGACUGCCUGGCUCGCAAUCGGGGAGAGCCCCCGGGCCCCUCU